CGGCGGGGCGGCCAUGGCGGUCUGCGCGCGGCUCUGCGGGGUCGGCCCGGCGCGGGGCUGCCGGCGGCGCGGCUCGCAGCGGAAGGGGGCGGGCGGCGACAGCAGCGAGCCGGACACGGACCCGGAGGAGGGCGGCGAGGCGGAGGCGGCCGAGGCGGGGCGCGCGGAGGGGGGGUCUGGCCCGGUGCCGCCGCCGCCGCCGCCGCCCCCCCGCGCCCCCCUCUCCAUCCUGGAGCUGCCCCCCGAGCUCCUGGUGCAGAUCUUCGGCUCGCUGCCCGGCGCCGACCUGCCCAGCCUGGCUCUGGUCUGCAGCGCCUUCCGGCGCAUCCUCCGCACCGACACCAUCUGGCGACGGCGCUGCAGGGAAGAAUACGGUGUCUGUGAGAACCUGCGGAAGCUGGAGAUCACGGGCUUGUCCUGCCGAGACGUAUACGCCAAACGUAUAAAUCCACGAGUGAAGUCGGGGCGUUUUAUGAAAAUCCUUCCCGACUACGAGCACAUGGAAUACAGAGAUGUUUACACCUGCCUGCUGCACAGAUACCGACACAUCUUGGGGCUGUGGCAACCAGACAUCGGACCCUACGGGGGAUUGUUGAAUGUGGUGGUAGACGGCUUGUUCAUCAUUGGCUGGAUGUAUCUGCCUCCCCAUGACCCCCACGUGGAUGACCCAAUGAGGUUCAAGCCUCUCUUCAGGAUUCACUUGAUGGAAAGGAAGAGCGCCACAGUCGAGUGUAUGUACGGCCACAAGGGCCCCCACAAUGGGCAUAUUCAGAUUGUGAAAAAAGACGAGUUUUCAACCAAGUGCAACCAAACAGACCAUCAUCGCAUGGCAGGAGGAAGGCAAGAGGAAUUUCGGACGUGGCUGAGAGAGGAGUGGGGGCGGACUCUGGAAGACAUCUUCCACGAACACAUGCAGGAGCUCAUUUUGAUGAAGUUCAUCUACACCAGUCAAUACGACAACUGUUUGACGUACAGGCGCAUCUACCUCCCCCCGUGUGGUCCCGAUGAUCUAAUCAAGCCGGGGCUGUUCAAGGGGACCUAUGGGAGCCACGGCCUGGAAAUAGUCAUGCUCAGUUUCCACGGGAAAAAGGCCAAAGGAACCAAAAUAACAGGCGACCCCAACAUCCCAGCCGGCCAGCAGACCGUGGAGAUAGAGCUGGCUCAUCCCAUCCGUCUGCCAGACCUUGAAAGCCUCAGCAACCUCAGCGAGCUCUCCCGUAUCGUCCUGGAGGUGCAAGAGCAGGUGAGGCGAGAGCAGCAGCUGCAAGAAGAAGAGGGCAAGGAGCCGGAUGAAGAGGCUCAGCCUCAGCCAGGGCCCUCCCCGAAGGAAGAGACUGGGCCGAAGCCUCUGCUUCUGGAGCAGGGGGGGCAGGCCAGGACCCCCCCCGCACAGCCUGCGCAGCCUUUUGUCCUGCCAGGGGGCAUUGCAUCCAGGAAGGAAGACUAUCCUCGGACCUGCAGGGCGUGCUUCUACGGCACCGGACUCAUUGCAGGCCACGGCUUCACCAGUCCCGAGAGGACCCCCGGCGUCUUCGUCUUGUUCGACGACGACCGCUUCGGCUUCAUCUGGCUGGAGCUGCAGUCGUUCAGCCUCUACAGCCGCAUCAAGGUCGCCUUCCAGAACGCGGACGCGCCCUCCCGGGAAGCUUUUGACGAGAUGUUGAAAAACAUUCAGCUGCUGACGUCGUGAUGGGAGCUGCCCGGAUGCCGGAGGAAGAGGCGGCUUUCCCGUCCUCCCUCCGUACGGCAGACAGCAUGCACUUCCUCGCCCGGAAGGACUUUUUGCCGAAAUGUGUACACAUCCCUUAGAGCAGGGGUGUCCAACUCCAGCACUUCAGAUGUUCAUGGACUACAAUUCCCAUCAGCCCCUGCUGACAUUGAUCAUGCCAGCAGGGGCUGAUGGGAAUUGUAGUCCAUGAACAUCUGAAGAGCCAGAGUCGGACACCCCUGCCUUAGAGCACUAACUAUAUUUCCUCAGCCUGUUAUGUAUAGUUUGUAAUAUAGCUCUGUAUAUUUGGACGGCAGCCCACCCAAGCGCUGCUGAGCAUGUUUGUGGAGCGUCUUUUAUUUUAUUUUUUGAGGGUGGCGUUUGAGUGGGAAGAAUAAGACCAGCUGCUUUGGCAGGCAUGUAAAUAAUUGAGGGGUAGGUUUUUUUCGAGAGUGUAUAUUUAAACUAACAGACCACGGUUGUUCUCCCUGGUCAAGCCAGCUGCGGUUUGGGCGACGUUUUCCGAACAAACGUCUUAUCGCUUUAGAAUUUGUGAUCGCUUUUCCAAAGGCUGAGCUGCCACUUAUCUAUAAAGAGAGUUGAAACUAGCUCUGUCCCCCCCACUCAUUUCCCCCCUCCCCGACGUAAACAGGAGACUGAAACCUUGCAUGGCUAUAUCACUUGCCAGGGCCAGACAGGAAGACACGGCAUGUUGCUUCAAGUGGGAGAGCGAGCAGCUGCUGGGGUCUCUUGCCCUGUUCUGGGGGUCCCUUUGCCCUCUCUGUCUUCUGCUUGCUGUCUCAGAAAGAAGACAAGAGGUGAGCAAGGAGGCCCUCGGGACACUGGGCAGAAAGGGCUUCUCCCCACCCCCGUCACCUGCAACCCGGAUCAGACCCAGCGGCCGUGAUGCAGCCGCCAGUGGCUUGGAGCGGCAGAUCCUUUUUCUGGAAGACGGUCACUCGCUUCUCCUCUCCCUUCCAAAUCAGCCACACGUGCCUCUUGAACUGGACACUGUGAAAUGCAACCAGUGCCUGGGGGGCCUCAGACCCCCCCUUUCCUCCACACCUACUGCAGGCAGCUUGGACCUCUCGCCCCGCUGGAGUUCCCCUUUAGUCUCGUCUCCUCUUUUAAGCACUUGGAGUUCACAAACAUGCGUCUGAUUGGCGGAAUCUUCUCGCAAUAGUUUUUCUUCUCCCUGGCUGUUUGCACCCUGUGGCUCCUGCUGUUGUUUUGGAGUGCUUGUCAGCUCAUCUUGAAGACCCUAAUAAGUCUCUCAUCCUUUGCAAAAAACAUUCAAGUCCAACAGUUCUCAAAAUGGGGAAUCAGGAAAGGAAGGAGGUCCAAGUUCUGAUUGGCCUGUGCCUGUGACACGAUUGUCCGAGUCAACCAACCCACUCCCUACCAGAGCAAUACUUCCACUGCCGUUCUUGUAUCUUGUGCCUUGCAGCUUUCUUCGGCAGUUUUUGGCGAAAGACCCCCUAUCAAGACCUCCCCCUGCCCAAAGCGCAGGCUUGUACAAGGGAACCCGAAGGCAAUUUCCCUUCUCGAACUGAACUGGACUUAGAGAAGAAGAAGAAGAAGAAUCUGUCCUCCCCUCCAUGGUGAUAUCGUCACUGUCGUGAACCGCAUAUGUAGUUAUUACUGUGUCUAGUGAGAAGAGCUGUUAUUUUCAUGUCAGAGGAGUGUAGUCCGGCAGUUCCAGCAUAGCCCUUGGUUGAAUUGGUCUCUUAUUGCACAUAGAGCAGUAAAUCCAUCUUGUGCUGGGCUGUGGUGCAACAUGUACUGUGCAGCCGAAUCGGUAGUAUGUGGCAGCCUGCAACGCUCAAGUGAAAUAAGUUGGUGAGUGGGAAAUUGAGGGCAGGGAUGGGGGAGGUGGGAAGAAAGGGGAGGUUAACCAGAGAUAAGAGGGGAUGAUGGGAACAGUGGAACCUGAGGUUUGAAAGUUCUCAGGAAGCACGUGGGUGGAUGAAACAGACGGAAGGAAAGGAAGAGAGUCACUCUUUUCAAUUCAGGUGUGGAGCCUCAAAGGUAAUGCAGAAGAGAACUUCCCAUUCAAUGCCCCACAGCUCUUACAUUCUGAGUAAACCCAAGUGAGGCUGCUACAGACUGGCUGGAUUGGAGGUGGGUGGGCGGGCUUCUCAGUUUGCUGGAAAGAGGCUUUUAGCUGCUCUCUGCAGCUGGUCAGGUAAGCUUUACCUUAUCGUAGAGCCACUUGGUCAGGUAAGCUUUACCUUAUUGAAGGGCCAGAGGGACUUUGUGUGGAAGCUUCAUCCGUAGGCUGACUGUCUCUUGACGUGCGGAGGUGGUUCUGUUUUAAAGCCAGGUGGAUUUCUGUGACGGAGCUUCUUCGGAGGGGGAGGGGGCAGACCCAUAUGAAUGGGCACGUCAGAUUCCAUGCCGCCUGCUCCAGGCAUGGGGCGUGCAAGUUUGGUGCCAACUUGGCCUUCUGGCGAGGACUCGUCUGUUCAGAUAAUAGCUCAUCUCUGGUGCUGAUUGGAGACCUUUAAAAACAUUUCAUUCUCUGAUUUGGAUCCCACAGAGCACAGCUACUGAGACGCUCCUAGAAAAUUCCAGUGUGUUCCAAGCGAGUCCCUGCACCGCAGCGUUGGGGUUGCUGGAACUUUUCUUCAACAGAGCAUUUGCAAUAUUGGUAGGAUCUGACACAUGGAGGCAGCAAGGAGCUGAAAUGUGCAGCUUGUGGGGCAGGUGGUGGGAGGGGCUGGCCUUCUUGCCCCCUUAGCUGUUGUUCACUUUGCUUUGGAGAGUGGGCCCAGCUGUCUGGCGCUGCAGGUUCCAUGCAGCAGCAGGUUAUCUGGCAGAAACAGCACAAAGGAAAUGCAGUGGUUUUCUAAAAAUUCUGAUCUCCUGAAAGUGGACAUGCGAGUAUCUCCAGACUGGUUUUCUGGGCAGGGGAGUUGUGUCGAAAGAAAGAGGGCUGCGUGAUUUUAGGCUCAUCCGCAGUGAAGUGGACAAAAUCCCAGAGGCCCUGAUUGGGGGCGAGGCGGGAAUGGAUUCAGGUGAAUCCUGUGAUUUUUGUAGGUUUGGGUGUGAGAGUAGCUUGCGGUAGCUCUUAGCAGCCGGACAAGUUGCUUCUCUGCUGCCCAGCUGGCAUCCGAACCAGUUCUGAACUGAGUUUGCCUGAUGACCCACGUAGGGCUACACUGGAAAACACCACCUUGGCUUAGCCAGUUUUAUUUACUUGUUUACUGUUCUUAAAUAUUAACAAUAUUUAAUAUCCAUCAGUACGCUAGGGAGGAGUUGGGGCUUCUAUGGAAUCCCAGCAAGAGAAGAUUCUUAGAGGGGGAAUGUCUGUUUUGCUCUGCCUGUAGCUCUGUUUCCACCGAACACCCCUUGUUGACCUAAAGGGGGAAAUGAAAGGGCACUGUUGGGGGGGGUUCUGUAUGGGUGGAGUAUAGGCGUGCCAGCCACUGAGAUUCCCGUCCAUUCCUCUCUGCAAAGCACCCCUCUUUAGCAGUCUUGCCAUAUCUUGUGUUUGUGUUUCAGUCAUCGCAGUGUGGCAUUAGUGCGCAUGGCCCUUGGCAAAAGGAUCAGGAUUCGAGAGAGGGUGGGCUCUUUCAUACCUGCAUUAUGCUGCAAAGCGCCACCUUCCUACUCGGAGGAGCUUGCAAUUUGGAUCUGGUGUGUAAAUGGGAGAGGCAAGCAUAAUGCUGGAGGAAUGCUAGAUCACUUUCUUGCGCUUUCUUUCAGGAGGGCCGGACACGUUUUGCUUCGAGCGUGUUCCACGCGGUCAGCCUUCAGCUGCCUAUAACAGAAGGUGCGCUGCCUUUCUCUCCGUGGGGACGGCAGCCCUCUUUUGAAACGCGGCUCCAUCGGCCCGUCAAAUGCCAGUGUUGUCGUGCCGGACCUGGGUGUGGGAAAUUCCUUUUGUCUGUUCCUGUCGUGUGCAUGUGUGGUGCGGUUUGCAGGAGAUCCCAGGAUGAAUCCAUCUGUUCUGUUAUCUGUUGCUGCUUCUCAGUCAAGUCACUUGAAGCAUGAUGCAGUGUGAAUGACGUGGGGGUGGUCUCUGGGGAGGAUGAGCGAGGGGGCCUUGUGUGCUCUCCCCCACCCCUGGCUUUCCUGCCACCUUGCCCACGGGCCGUGCUGUCCGUGGCAAAGGCCAGGGUUUGGUUCAGGAAGCCAAGAUGGGGCUGCUUUCCGAAUUCCAGACGAGCGCGCUCCCAUCUCCAUCGUUCCUGUUUGCUUAUUGUCGCCCAAGAACCCUUUUCUGAUUUCCAACGAUAAAAAAUAAAAAAACGAUUUUAAGAA